AUGGACAUCAAUAAGAAAACCCCCGAUGAUCUCGAGGCGAGGCGAGAUUCGGAUGAGAUCGAACCAACAGCCAACAACGACUCACCCGCCGACAACAAAUCAGAUUAUGAGACUCGCAACGUCGGCACUCUAAACCGCAAGCUCAAAUCUCGGCACGUACAAUUCCUUGCUCUCUCUGGCGCUAUUGGAACGGGGCUCUUUGUCGGCAGUGGACAGGUCCUAUCACUCGCUGGUCCCCUCUCGGCAUUUCUAGCCUACAGCAUCACUGGUUUCAACAUCUUUUGCGUUCUCAAUAGUGUUGUCGGCCUUAUAACCCUCUUCUACUUCUCCAUGGUGUUACUCAACUGUCUGCCCGUGCGGAUUUAUGGAGAAGCAGAGUUCAUCUUUGGUGCGAUCAAGCUAUUGACUAUUGUCGGACUCAUCAUCCUCAUGUUCGUUAUCACUGUCGGCGGUGCUCCUAACGGCGAGUCUAUCGGUUUCCGAUACUGGAACCAUCCUGGACCAAUGAAUGAGUAUCUUCAGCCAGGCGCAACGGGAAGGUUCUUGGCUUUUUUUAAAGUCUUCAUUACAUGCACGUUCUCUUAUGGCGGCAGCGAGAUGGUGGUCAUGGCAUCGGGGGAAACAGAAAACCCUCGCAGGAAUAUUCCCAAGGCUAUUCGCCGAGUGUUCUGGAGGAUUCUCAUAUUCUACGUUCUUUCAAUUUUUCUUGUUGGACUAUGCGUCUCGUCCAAAGACCCCGAUCUUCUCAAUGCCAUUAACAAGUCCGCCCCCGGUGCUAAUUCGAGUCCCUUCGUCAUCGCGAUCCGUAACGGUGGCAUCAAAAUCCUUCCGUCGAUCAUCAAUGCUGUCAUACUGACUUCGGCUUGGUCUUCGGGCAAUUCUCUUUUCUACGCAGCAACCCGUGUGCUAUAUGCCGCGGCUCUCGAUGGCAAAGCACCUCGCAUUCUAACAUUUGAGAAGUUUGGUGUACCUUAUCUCUGCGUCGGUGUCACCACAAUCUUCGGGCUAUUGGUUUAUCUCAAUGUUAGCAACAGCGGGUCCGAGGUUUUCUUCUGGUUCAGUAACCUGAGUGGCGUGGGAGCGCUCAUCAUCUGGGCCAGUGUCUCAUUCACUUAUCUUCGCUUCUUCUACUGCCUCAAGUACAAUAACAUCGACCGCAACACUCUGCCCUACAAGUCACCAAUGCAGCCAUUUCUCGCCUACUUUUCAUUUUGUUUCUGCUCCGUUGUUGCAGUCUUCAAUGGGUUCGACUGUUUCUUCCCUGGUCGUUUUAGUGCAAAGACCUUCCUGCCCCCUUAUAUCAAUAUCCCGAUCUUCCUUGUUCUAGUUUUCGGAUACAAGUGGAUUAAGAAGUCAAAAUUUGUUAAAUACUCAGAGAUGGAUAUCUGGUCUGGAAAGGCGGAAAUUGAUCGCCUAGAGCCAACCUGGCCAAUUGUUCAACCACGAAAUUGGCUUGAGCGUAUUUGGUUCUGGAUAGCUUAG